CCGUUUUCGGAAAUAAUGGCAAUGACUGACGCUCAGGAAGGACUUAUCGUCCGAUGCAUUCAACGAUUAGGUGAAGUAUGCAAAGACGUCAGAAACGCUGCUCGGAUCGUUGGUGACCCAGAAUUGCACGAAAAGAUGGAACAGGUCAGCGCUGCCAUUAAACGUGAUAUUGUUUUCGCCGCCAGCCUCUACACCAGUAUGUAG